UACUUCUGUUUGUGCUUUGGGUAUUUCCUUCUCCUGGCCUCUAUAUGUGGACCACACUCUUCUAUUCAGCCUAUUUAGAGGUUGACUUAAAUGCUCUUAGUCCGGUGCAAAGCUGAUGGGUGGGAGCAAAGGUAAAGAAUGAUGUAAUGCAGUGGCAGCCAGAAAGCAUCUUUUGUGUGAAUUGUGAAAUGGCCAUUCCAUAGUCAUCUCCCGAUGAAUCAGAUGUGAGGGGCUGCUUUGCGGAGCGAACGCUUUGUAACGGCACAUGGACUCGAAGCAGGAGGAGACAUUCAGCUUGAAGAGCUCUUUCUGAAAAUGGGUUUAACUUUUCUUUUGCCAGUCACUACCAGCAUGACCUCAUACACUUCUAGUACAAUGGUGUGGCUAAGCCUUUGAGUACACAGCCAUUACAUCACCGCAGCAAAUUAGAGAGGGAGGUGGCAAAAGAGGCCUCAUUGUUGUCAUGGCCGAUGAGAUGAUCAGGACUCAACUCAUUGUCGCUGAGAAGUUGGUGGCUUUGCUGGAGAGCGGUACGGAAAAAUUUCUCCUGAUCGAUAGCCGCCCCUUUGUGGAAUACAAUACGUCCCACAUCUUGGAUGCCAUCAACAUCAACUGCUCCAAGCUGAUGAAGCGGAGGCUGCAGCAGGACAAAGUUUUGAUCACAGAGCUCAUUCAGCACUCAGCAAAACACAAGAUUGAAAUUGAUUGCCAGCAGGAAGUGGUGGUGUAUGACCAAAGCUCUAAAGAUGUGACCUCUCUCUCACCUGACUGCUUUCUUACUGUGCUUCUGGGCAAACUGGAGAAGAAUUUCAGCUCUGUGUAUCUGCUUUCAGGUGGUUUUGCUGAGUUCUCCAGUUCUUUCCCUGGUCUCUGUGAAGGAAAAUCUACACUCGUCCCUACCUGCAUUUCUCAGCCAUGCCUACCUGUCUCCAACAUUGGACCAACCCGCAUCCUGCCUCAUCUCUACCUUGGGUGUCAGCGAGAUGUCCUCAACAAG